AUGGGUACUAACGGUGAUUCUGGUCGAGCGUCGUCGGUCGCCUCGAAUUCGGGCAGCUUGGUGGACGCAUCGGGGUACAAGUACUCCGAGAAAGAUGCGAAACCUACGAAGAUCAAAUUGAAAAAGGCGGCCAAGUCGGCCAAAGCGAAGAAGGCUGCUGCGGGUAGGUCUUUCCUGGAUACGCUGGGAUGCAAACUAUCAAGACACACGAGAUGGAAGGGGCUAAUGUCAAAUCUGUCUACUGUAGAAGUGCCCGAAUCGCCCGGCUCGUCGCCCAUACUACCGGAGAUCGAUGAAAAGACCAUGGCUGCCUUCCCGACGGGCAAGCCCCGUGAGGAAGACAAUUUGGAGACGGUGAUAUGCAAGACGUGCAAGAGGCCGGUCCUCAAGCAGAAUGCGGUAGAGCAUAUCCGCGGCUGUAUCCGAGCGAAGCAGGAGAAGGCACGGCGGAAGAAAGAGGCGCGCGACGCGGCGAACCGGGCCAAAGAGAAGGAUAAGGAUGGGGACGACGACGCCGCGGGCGGCGACAAGGACGCGGAUGAUUCGAUCAAGGCGCAGAAGGGCGCGAAGAAGAGCGCCGUCAAGGGCAUGGCGGAGGACGGGACGAAGAAGGGCAAGAAGCGUAAAACCGAGGGCGAGGAGGAUAAGGAGCCCAAGAAGAAAAAGAAGAAGGAGGAGCCUAAGCCGAAGGCGCCGAAGCCGAAGGGUCCCGUCGAUGUUGAGAAGCAGUGUGGUGUCAUUCUGCCGAAUGGCGCUCAGUGUGCGCGUUCGUUGACGUGCAAGAGUCACUCGAUGGGUGCAAAGCGUGCGGUGCCCGGCCGUUCUUUGCCCUAUGACAUGCUCCUCCAGGCGUAUCAGAAGAAGAACCAGGCCCGUCAGCAGAAGGCGGCCAUCGAUGCGAAUGCUCCGCUUCAAGAUGAUCUGGAGAACAACGGUCCCGUCGACUCCGACGAGGAGAAAGACGCCGUCAUGGCGGCAAUUCUUCGCUCGCGCCCACAACCCCUGGCCCACCUUCCAUUGAUCUCGACUAAGAAGAAAUACAAGUACGUGCGAAUCAAGGAGAUGCUUUCUCAUGCAUUGGGCGGAGCUCGCGGCGGCGGACUCUUCUCGACCGGCGAUACAACUCCAACAAACGAUGGAAAUCCGUUUCAGCCGAUAGACGAUAUUCCCCUAGCAUCCCCUGUCUCCGUGACUGGAUCGGAUAACGCACCGGAUACAGCAAAAAAGACCCCUGCGCCAGCUCCAAGGAAGCUACCGGUGGCCGCCUCUUCGUGA